GGGUACUCCACAUCAGACGUUUAAGCACGCAGCCACCGAAAAAUGUCAAAAUCAGCAGCUCAAUCAGCACAAACUGUCAAAAUCUUCUAUCGGCAACAACAUCCAGUUUCGAGUUACGUAAAAUUGCCUUUUUCCACAACUUCAGGCAAAAAUGAGUCUGAUAAAGGCAAACUACUACGAUAGCCCCGAGGGCACCAACCUGUUCGAGAAGAUGGUAGCGACCAACAAGUACGCCCUGGCCGUCGGUCUCGGUUGGUCCUCGAUCGAAGUGCUGAUGAUUUCCAAACCGAAGGGAGUGGUGCCGUCGCUGGCUCGCUAUGUUUACUUUACCGGGCCCUUCAUGGGGAUGGCAUCGGCGUUUACCGUUGGAACCUAUGCGGCCACCAAGCUGCGUGGAAAGGACGACACCUGGAACUACAUCGCCGGAGCCGUCACCUCCGGUGGAGUGUACGGUGCCUGGAGGCGCAGCGUUGUCGCCGGUCUGGUAUCCGGACUGUUCUUCAGCAUUGCCGGCAUCGUCAAGAAGCACUCGAUCGACAACAACUGGGAAUUCUUCCCGGAUACUUUGAACCGUCACAUCUACGGAGCCCUCAACCCGAACCGGUACGAUUACACCCUGACGCAGGAACGCGAACGGGGCUGGACUUCCGGUAAGUAGGCGGACCUAGCGUGGUGGUUGUUUUGCUCUGAAUUGGAUCGUGAAGUUUAGAAAUAUACGGCUGUACAAAGGUAUCGAAA